AGGGACGGAAGCGAGGGGCGGCCGGGCAUGAUGCGUGACCAUCCCGGUGCGUGGCGGCGGCGGCGGCGGCGGCGGCGCGCCAUAGGGCUCCGGUGGAAGCCCAUUUUUUUGCCUAUUCUGUCCAUGUUGGGAAGCCUCAUGGCGUCAGCGCUCCUCGGUUCUCAACCCUGGGCAGCGUGGGUUGCAUCGAGGGCCCCGUCCAUACAUAGACCUCCACCGGGGUUCCAAAUGUUAGCGCAGUGAGUUGACCCGGCAAAUCAGAAAGAUUGCUUUCUUUGAGGUCGUGGAGGGAGGAUAACAUUAGGCAGUCGCUUAAGCUCUCAGCUGCAUCUCUAGAUUGACGCUAUCAAGACAUAAAAGUCCUUACUUUUACUGGAUAUAUCUAGUAGGACCAGAGUACCGGUAUACCUAUUUUUACUAUAUGUGUACGUAGGGCUUGUAGCAAGCUAACACUCAUAACCCUGACGGAAUGUACAUGCAUACAUGUAUAGCCGAAUCCAUAAAUACAUGCCGUGUACAUGGUACUAUGUAUGGUGUCAGCAAAGCCGGUGGCGCUGUGUUGCUCGCGGGUACGGAGAGCGCGCCGCAUGUGAAGUUGACCAAGCACAGACGGACGGCCCCCAUUACGCGCCC